AUGAUGGGUUUUGUGGCUUCUAGCUCCCCAGCUGCGUCUCGCAAGCCGUCUCUCCAGCUUCAGGGGCCGUCAGAGGGUGUCUUGCACUCCACCAUGGCGGACAUGGCUCCCAAUCCUCUCGUCAGUUCUAGGUUGGGAAAUAUCCAGGCUUUGCCUACCCAUGACGAACAUGCGAGCAAGAAGCUCGACGCAAUUCAGCCUUCUGCGAUGGAUAAGAUCCUUGCCAGGCUCUCCCCAAAGGAUCAUGCUGCCAUUGAGGACCAAGCUUCAAAAGUUAACUCAGGAGAGCUUGCCCCUGGCGUCGUUCCAAAUCAGGCUACAACUGAAGGGGCGGACGCAAAUGGCAAAGGUGAAAAGGGGAAAAAUAAAAUCGACAAGGAAGAAGUGGUUCGGUUGCAGCAAGAAUUGAUGGCUGCCAAUUCUCGCAUUGCCAUGCAGGAGCAGGAACUAGCCCAGACUCGGGUUAUCAAGCAUACUCUUGACCAAGCGAUGGGUCCCCCAUCUGAAAUCGACUUUGGAGGGAGAGAAGUUACUGAACAAACCCUUAGCACACUCCAACAUGCGUUCAAUAACUCGUCUGUCCGCCCAUUCAACAACCAGCGCCAGGAGUUCUGGCUGAACCAGGAUGAUGCCCAAUCUGAAAUUUCAGAGGCUGUCUCUGCCGGUGGCUAUAAUCAGCCCCGAGGAAUUUGGAACAAUCCAAAUGCAAAUGUUACCGGAUUCCGUGACUUUAAUAUGACUGGAGCCACCAACUUUAGCCCGAACUGGGGUAAUCAACUUACUCGCCAGGCAAGUUUGAUGCCAAAUCAGCGCAUCGCAUCAGGACCCGGUAGCCCACCCUACGAACAGGCCCAACCAUUUCCUCAAGGACUUCGUCGCUCGGUCACUCAGGUCAACCGUGGACCCUCCUGCUUUCCCCCCCAGAGUUCGCCAUGGGGGACUUUCACUCCAGCGGCCUCUUCAAAUGUGGGCACUCGGGUUAUGAAUCAGCAAGUUGGCGUGCAAGGCGGAAUGUUCAAUGUAGCUCCUUAUCAACCUCGUCCAAUUGGAACCCCAUUAUCCCCUACCGCCGCUGAAUUUACUUCGUUCAAUAGUGGAUCCUGGACCCCGACAACCAACAGCUCCCAAACCUAUGUGUCACCACUUGAGCCCAUGAACUACCGUCGAUUACUCGAUAAAAGUGUUUCUUGUGACUGGAAAUAUAUCGUUGAUAAAAUUGUCUGCAACAAUGACCAGCAAGCGUCAAUUUUCUUGCAACAGAAGCUCAAAGUCGGGACUUCGGAUCAAAAGUAUGAAAUUAUAGAAGCUAUUGUUAACCAAGCAUACCCGCUUAUGGUCAACCGAUUUGGAAACUUUUUGGUUCAACGUUGCUUUGAGCAUGGAACCGCAGACCAAGUUAUUGCUAUUGCUAAUGCCAUUCGUGGUAACACCUUGAGCUUGAGUAUGGACCCUUUUGGUUGCCACGUUAUUCAAAAGGCGUUUGACUGUGUCCCAGAGGAGCACAAGGCUGUCAUGGUCCAUGAAUUGCUUCGUCGGAUCCCUGAGACUGUGAUUCAUCGAUACGCUUGUCAUGUUUGGCAAAAGCUCUUCGAGCUACGCUGGAGCAAUGAGCCGCCGCAGAUUAUGGCCAAGGUUAAUGAAGCGCUUCGCGGCAUGUGGCAUGAGGUCGCUCUAGGAGAAACUGGCAGUCUCGUUGUGCAGAAUAUUUUUGAAAACUGCGUUGAAGAUGAGAAACGUCCUGCUAUCGAAGAAGUUCUUGCUAAAAUUGACCUCUUGGCUCAUGGUCAAUUUGGCAACUGGUGUAUCCAGCAUAUUUGCGAACACGGUGCUCCUCAUGAUAAAAGUCGUGCAAUUGAACAUAUCCUUCUUUGGGCGACAGACUACAGCAUGGACCAGUUCGCUUCCAAGGUUGUUGAAAAGUGCCUUAAGAUUGGCGGUUCCGAAUUCCUUGAUCACUAUCUUGCUAGAGUCUGCACCGGCCGCCCAGAUCGUCCUCGCAUGCCUUUGAUCGACAUUGCCGGUGAUCAGUAUGGAAAUUAUCUGAUUCAGUGGAUUCUAGUAAACGCUGCAACACAUCAACGUGAACUUGUAGCGAGUCACAUCCGUAAGCACAUGGUUUCUCUCCGCGGGUCCAAAUUUGGUUCUCGAGUUGCUAUGCUCUGCUGCAACCCAAGCCACGUCACUCGUCCAGGGCCUGGUGCUGGCCUUCAGGUCAACCGCUUUACUACUCCAAGCGAAGAUCGUUUCGGUUCCGGCAUAUCCAGCAGCAACAGGUUCAGCCGUGGGAAUCAGUGGGGUGCAAACUAUCCUCCGUUCCGCUAA